AUGUUGGCCCGAACCAGAGUUUUCGGCGCCGUUUCUUUCUUCCUCCAACCACGACUUCGGGCAAUGUCCUCUUCCACUCCCAAGCCACCCAGCGCGCCGCGUCCUUCAGCUAGCUUGGUCGUUAUCAACCCCCGCAAUGAAAUUCUAUUUGUACACCGCAAUCCAGAGGCCCGGUCGUUUGGCGGUGUGCAUGUUUUCCCCGGGGGCAAUUUCGAUGCGGCACAAGACAGCUCACUGGCAGAAACUGCUAUACGCGAAACCUUUGAGGAGGCUGGGCUGCUCUUCGCCUCGGGCUCCGGGUCAAACUUCCCGGACAACGAAGCCUUCGACAUUGCUCGCAAGUCUGUGCACGCAAACAAUGGCUGGAAAGAGUUCCUGAAGAAAUAUGAGCUGAAGCCAGACACCCAAGCUUUGUUACCGUUUACGCAGUGGAUCACGCCGUCAUUCGUGCCACGUCGCUUCCAAACUCAGUUUUUCGUCACCUUCCUCGCUGGCUCAUCGUCAGCAGGCUUUUCCAGUGGGACGAAGGAGGAACGGAUCCCGACUUCAGACGGUGGCCUUGAAGUUCUAUCAGCGCGCUUCCUUCACCCACGAACCGCCAUCGCGCUCUUUGCCUCCAACGAGAUCACGCUGAUGCCGCCUCAAUACUACAUCGUCAAGACCCUCGCCGAUCUUCUCGCAAGCGCCGAUGGGCCCAGCACUCUAGCUGAACGCGCGAACAUUGAGCGCCUGGCCAACGGGCCAUUUGGUCGCAUAGUCAUUAAUCCGAAAUUGCUAAAGACUCCCGACAUCCCGAAAGGUACGACGGUGCUGACAUAUGAGGGCGACGAGACAAGGGGCGGGCCACCGGGUAGAAUGCAUCGAGCAAUAACCAAGAUGAAUAAAGCUGGGGUGACGACCGAGAUCACCCUCCUGCGCAACUUCGAUAUCUUCACUGAAGUCGCAGAGUUAGGCAGUAAACUAUAG